AUGGUCGGAGACCCGGAGAUAGAGAGAUCGCCGGAGACGGAGCUGGAGACCGGAGGCGUCCGCGCCAUGCUGCCCGUCGGCUCCCUCGUCUCGCCUUCCGGGGACGAGGUGCAGCUUCCGGAGCUAGAGGGCAAGGUGGUCGCCCUGUACUUCGCGGCCAACUGGUACCCGAGGUGCGAGGCCUUCACCCCGGCGCUGGCCGCCGCGUACGGCCAGCUCAGGGACCGCGGCGCCGGCUUCGAGGUGGUCUUCGUGUCGUGCGACGAGGACGCGCCGUCCUUCGAGCGGUUCCACCGCGGCAUGCCGUGGCCCGCCGUGCCCUUCGGCGACCUCCGGCGGAAGAAGGGCCUCAGCCAGGCGUUCCAGGUCGAGGGAAUCCCGCGACUGGUGGUGCUGGCUCCGGACGGCGAGGUCAUAUGCUCCGACGCCGUGGAGCUUGUGCUUCGGUAUGGUGACCCGGCGUUCCCGUUCACGCCGGCGAGGGUGGCGGAGCUGGAGGCCGACGAGCAGAGCAAGUUCGCCUCCCAGACGCUCGAGAAGCUCUUCUCCGUCAGCUACGUGAAUGGUGGCAACGACCAGGUUCCGAUAUCGAGCCUAGUGGGGAAGACGGUGGGGCUCUACUUCUCGGCGCACCGGUGCGAGCCCUGCCUCAAGUUCACCGCGCGGCUGGCCGCCAUAUACGUCAACCUGAAGGGCAAGUCGGAGGACUUCGAGAUCGUGUACAUCCCUAUGGACAAGGAGGAGGACGGGUACCUGCGGUCGUGCGGCGACAUGCCGUGGCUGGCGCUGCCCUACGACGGCGCGUCGUCGCGGGCGCUGGCAAGGUACUUCGACGUCCGGGAGAUCCCGACGCUGGUGGUGAUCGGGCCCGACGGCAAGACGGUGACGAGGGAGGGGAGGAACCUGGUGAACCUCUACUUCGACAUGGCGUUCCCCUUCACCGACGAGCAGAUCAGGAUGCUGCAGGAGCUGGAGGACGAGGAGGCCAAGGGGUACGCGCCGGCGCUGCUCCACGCCGGCCACCGCCACGAGCUGAGCAUCGUGUCGGGGCAGUCCGGGGGAGGGCCGUACAUCUGCUGCGAGUGUGACGAGCAGGGGUUCGGCUGGGCGUACCAGUGCAUCGCCUGCGGCUACGAGAUACACCUCAGAUGCGGCCGGAACGUCGUCGACGGUGGCAGUGCGGGGACGGCCGGGCCGUAGGCAGGAUCAUGUACAGACAGCGGGUAAUUUUACGUGUCAUAUCGAACUGAAUAUGGUGUAUGUGCAUGCUCUCUGCUCUGCUCAGACCAAGUUCAGGUUGCUCUUUGUGUGUGAUGAUAGAAUAGGAGAGAUGCGGGGUCGAUCUGGACUUCCUCUUGUUUCUGAUGAAUUGAUGCUUGCAUAGACUAGUCUCGAAUGCUGGCUGCAGCUGCAGGUGCCAAGCAAAAAUAGUACAGUACUGGUGGAGCAAUUCUUGGGCAAAGCCUUGUCCUAAGGAAACAAGAAACAUGAAAAAGAAAAUGCUGG